GGGACGAGUGCUCAGCGCGUAGGGCAGGCACCUCAUGUCCUGGGAGAGAACCAUUCUUUGCCCAGACAUGAAUAACUGUGUGCUCCUGGAAGAGCAGCUGAUCAAAAAAUCCCAGCAGAAGAGAAGGACUUCACCCUCCAACUUUAAAGUGCGCUUCUUUGUCUUAACCAAAUCUAAGCUGGCUUACUAUGAACAUCGCCAUGGGAAAAAAAGGACUUUGAAGGGUUCUGUGGAACUUUCCAGGAUUAAAUGUGUAGAAAUUGUGAAAAGUGACAUCAUCAUCCCCUGUCAAUAUAAAUAUCCUUUCCAGAUUGUCCAUGAUAACUACAUCCUCUACGUGUUCGCACCCAACCGUGAGAGCCGGCAGAGAUGGGUCUUUACACUGAAGGAAGAAACCAGGAGCAACAACAGUUUAGUCUCAAAGUAUCAUCCAGAUUUCUGGAUAGAUGGCAAGUGGAGAUGCUGUGCUCAGACAGAGAAGAUGGCAGUUGGCUGUAUAGAGUAUGACCCCACCAAAACUGCCUCAAAGAAGCCUCUUCCUCCAACUCCUGAAGAUAACUGGAAAUCACUGCUAAACACAAAGGAAACCUUAGUCGUGGCCAUAUACGACUACGAAGCCCAGAACCCGCAGGAGCUGACAUUACGGUACAAUGAGGAAUAUCAUGUGAUUGACAGCUCUGAGGAACAUUGGUGGCUGAUUCAAGAUAAGAACGGGCAUGAAGGCUAUGUGCCAAGUAGCUACCUGGCGGAAAAAUCACCUGAUAACCUGCAAAUAUAUGAAUGGUACAAUAAGAACAUCAGCAGAAGCAAAGCAGAAAUGCUCCUCAGGGAUGAGGGUAGAGAAGGUGCCUUCAUGGUGAGAGAUUCGAGGCAGCCUGGCAUGUACACAGUCUCUGUUUUCACCAAAGCAUUGAGUACGGAUAACAACCCUGUUAUAAAACAUUACCACAUCAAUGAGACAACUGACUUUCCCAAGAGAUACUAUUUGGCAGAAAAACACAUCUUUGACUGCAUCCCUGAACUCAUCAACUACCACCAGCACAAUGCAGGAGGUCUUGUUACUCGUUUGCGGUAUGCAGUGUCUUCUUGGAAGAAAAAGGCCCCAAUCACUGCAGGGCUGAGCUAUGGAAAAUUGGUCAUUAAUCCCUCUGAGCUCACCCGUGUGCAGGAAAUAGGCAGUGGUCAGUUUGGGGUGGUUUACCUUGGCUACUGGCUGGAGAAGACAAAAGUUGCCAUAAAGACCAUUCGUGAAGGAGCGAUGUCUGAAGAGGAUUUCAUCGAGGAGGCUAAGGUCUUGAUGAAGCUGUCUCACCCCAAACUAGUUCAGCUUUAUGGAGUGUGCUUUGAGAACACUCCCAUAUGCCUGGUGUUCGAGUUCAUGGAGCAUGGCUGCUUGUCUGACUACCUCAGGAGCCAGCGGGGCAGCUUUUCAAAGGAAACCCUCCUGGGAAUGUGCCUAGAUGUGUGCGAAGGAAUGGCUUAUCUGGAACAAAAUUCUGUCAUCCACAGAGACCUGGCUGCUAGGAACUGCCUGGUGGGGGAAUCUCAUGUGGUCAAAGUGUCUGACUUCGGGAUGUCAAGGAUUGUUCUUGAUGAUCAGUAUACCAGCUCCACGGGGACCAAGUUUCCAGUUAAAUGGUCUGCCCCAGAGGUUUUCUCCUACAGUAACUACAGCACCAAAUCAGAUGUUUGGUCAUUUGGAGUGCUGAUGUGGGAGGUCUUCAGCGAAGGCAAAAUGCCCUAUGAGAAUCGCACCAAUGGAGAAGUGGUGGAAGAAAUCAAUGCAGGGUUUCGGCUCUACAAGCCCAAGUUGGCCUCCAAGUCUAUUUAUGAGGUGAUGAGCCACUGCUGGAGCAUGAGGAAAGAAGACCGCCCGUCCUUUUCUCUUCUGCUUUAUCAGCUUAGUGAAAUCUCUGAGUUUGAUCUGUAAUCAUGGCACCGGAUGCUACAUGAAGCUAAGAAAGUCCUGAUAGGGCAGACGGCUGGAUUCUCCCCACACAAAGCAUUAAUGUGAAUCCUUCCACCACAGAAACUUACUGUAUGCCUGAGGAGAAGCAGAGGGCAGAGGCCCGUACUUCCAGACAGACGAGAUAUUCCCAGGUCUUCCAGAGCACAGGCAGACAUGAGGUUUGGCUUGGCCAAGAAUGUUGUUUGCGUCUUACAAGCAGAACCAGCAAAUGAGCAGAAAUUCCUGCAACAUGUAACACAGCAAGUAUAAUUCUCAUGAAGAUGCAGCCUCAAAACGAGGAGAUCUGGCAUUGAUGUUCCAGUUCUGCAAAUUCCCAAAUGAAUGUCUCCCCUGGGAAAAAAACCCUAUCUUUGACUAAGGAGGAACACUUAGACUUCCAUGGCUCUCUAAUUCAGAGUGGGCUGGACCUGAAAGCUCUGAACAGGAAUAAGCCUGGGGUACAAAGGAACAGCCUGGAUUUAGUAACUGCAUUUCUGAUGCUGACAUUUUAAGGUGGUUUUGUUCUCCUUUAUAUGACUUCCUCUGAAACUGUGGCUUAACGGAAACAGGAUUCUGAUACCCUAAAAGAUGAAGAGGUAUCUGCAGUUUGUAAGUGCAGAAGAGGAAAGCAAUGGGUUAUAAGGAGUCUUGAUAUUCUCUCCAAUUUCUACAGUGAGUGGGAAAAUGGGACUCUGAUGCACAUCUAGAUGUUCUGGGAGGAAAAAACUCAAAUCUGAAAGUUUCUGUUGAUUUUUUUCUUCAAUCUUUCUAAAUCAAAAGACAAAUAAAUAACGUCCACCAACUUCCUCUAUCUGAGCAUGGAGGACAUGGCAGGGCAGAGCGUUGUGUGCCUCCAGUCCAGGAGCAGACAGGAUCCCGUGUCAAGGAGAAGCAGAAACACCUAUUCCCAAAAGAGUGUGCCAUGAGGAGGAAACAUGCAGAGUGUGUGAUCAGUGCACUAGUGCUAAUGAGAAAUUCUACUUCAAAGUGUAACUGAAUCAUCAUAAGAAAAGACUCUUCUAUCUCUUCUGCAAACAAACUGGUGAGUCUUAUAGGGAGUGAUCAAAGAAAGAAAGUCUUAUGCAAACAGACUGCCUUGAUGCUCCAGGAGAUCCAUGUGGUGGGAGCAGAAGAAGGUAUGAGCAAUAUCCAUCUGUUGGUACUUCAGUUAACAUCCACAUCUCCACUGCAGGACAGACACUAAUUUGACAUAACUGACCUCCGAACCAGAAAUGUGGGUGUUUGUGUCCUGCAGCUUUUGUAUAUGGGAUCAGGACUUUCUGCUAAGCAUUAACAAGAACUAAAGAACUAAAGGGACUCACAGAUGAUAUGUGCAUAUAUGUGAGAUGUGUUUUUGAUGUUUCUGUGUUUGGGCAAGCUAGGACAUGGGUAAACGUUAUGUGACAGCAGUUUACAGAAACUUUGAGGUUGAAACCUCUAGCAGCAAUUCCUUCUGUUGUUACAGAAGUCAAGUUCAAAGACGUUUGCCAACAAAAAUGGAACAAGGAAAUACUGUAAUCCCAUGAUCUCACAUAUCCUGUGUCAAACUAUUUCUUCAUAGGAGGAGGUUGAAUUUGUGGUGUUUUUCAGAUCCAUGGUUCUAGAGUCACUUUAGGAGUCAGAAUCCUUUCAGGCUUAUAGAUACAGGCAAGACAUAGUUCCUGCCAUAUAGAUCUUCCAACUUUGCUUUAUUUCCACAUUAUUUACUGUGUUUUGCUCCUACUAAUACCAUCCAGAGUGACUCUCCCAAGCAAGGUGAAUCCGAACAUAUGGACCAGAGGAUGUCAAUCCAAAGCAUGAGGUCAGAGUGCCACCUUCAAGCCAGGACUUCCACAGAAAUCUCUUAGCAGUCUGAACCAAUAUGUGGAAAAUGAGCAUCUAUAAAACAUCUUUGAAUUUUUGCCUAUGUUGAAGUUAAGCUAAGUUUCUCUCUCUCAUCCUUUCAGUCCAAGUUAGCCUGUUGUCAUGUCCCCACGGUGCUAAAUUUGGCAUUUGGGCAGUGAAGUUUCCAGCAGCCCAACACGUGUUGAACGGCACGCUGACAGCUAAGUGCGAGGCCAGCUGGCUGUAACCCCAUUUCUCCCCUGCUCCACUCACACAAUCCGAACCACUGCAGGGCACCCUGGAAUGGCUUUUCCCUGAGCAGAGGCACUCAGCCUGGGGCAGGGCUAUCUGCGUGCUCACAAAGCCAAGCUUCUGGCUCUUUGGGAGCAACCAGGGAUCUGAUGAGACUGAAGAAGCCGCUAUUGGGUAGCAGCACUAUUGCUCUUUUAGGAAAUAUUUCUGAGAUUAUAUUUAUGUUUGAUGAGAUACAUGUAAUAUUUAUUAGCUCGGGUGCACUGCACAAAAUAUCAUUGUCAUAUGUUUGGUCUUCAUUAGCUGUAUUUCUAUGUACACAAUAUGUAUUUUUACAGACAAUAGAAUUACUUUGUCCCAUCUGUGGUUUUCACUAUACAUUAGCAUCAGUGCAAAAACCACUCGUGUGCUUUUAUAAUUGAGCAGCCUGCCCUUUCUCAUCCUUCCCACCAAGAUACAAGCUGGCUUUCUGAAAUAUCUCCAUUCCCCAGAGCUCUGGCUGUGUUCUGGGUUUACUUGACAUGCUGGGUUCAUAGGGUUAGGAAGUAUCCAUAAUCUCAGCAAAUUGGGUAGUUUACCAUAUGGACGCACAGAUUUCCAAGUCUAAAUGUCAGGUGUUAUGGCUUUAACUUCUUCGGGUCCUUCUAAAACAGGGUUAAUAAUAUCCAAGUUCUCCCAAGGGUAUUUCCCCACUAGUAUUUAUGAGAGACUUCAAGAAUCUGAAAAGGACAGUGCCAUAAUGUGACAAAUGCACGUGGUAAAUCUAUACACCAUGUAGAUACCUGCAGUGCUGAGGGGCCUGCCCCUCACUGCCAGUGCUUCCAUCCAGCAGUGACCUACAAGACGAAUGCAAGGAAGCUCAUUCAUUAUUCAAUGAUCUAAGAAAGCACGGAGUAGAAAAUUAAUAUAGUAUCACAACACUCGUGGAAUUCCCAUCAGCCUGAACCUGGCUGAUAAUGGAAGCAAGGUUAAACAAUAUUAAAAAAAGAAACAACAACAAUUUUUACUGCCAUGGUUUUGUUGGACUGACUUUGUUUCUCCCACAGUCUCGGAGCAACGUUAGAUGUUAGAUCUCUUGGACCUGCAAUAAUAAUGCUCACUUACUGAAUUUUUCUGACAACAAUAAAUAGUAGAAAGGGGAA